GAACCCUAACCUAAGCAAACUGUGGAGGAGGAGCGGCUGUGGCCGGUGAGAUUCGUGACGGACUCCUCCUGAUUAUUUGCAGGCGACGAUCAUCGAUGGCGGCUCUUCGGAGGCUUGGUGGCUCUGUGCUCCAGCGACCUGCUGUUCCCGAUCAGGGCCUGUGCCAACGCGGUCUCUUCUUGCAGAGGAGGCUCUACAAUACCGAGAGCAAAAUCCAGCAGAAGAAAGAGGAGCUGUACAAUAUGAUAUCUAAGGCGGAGAAGCGCACUUUCCAAAACAAUCGGUUGAUCCGCCAUCUUUCUGUGCAAGUCAAACCAAGAACCGGCGACCCUAAAUGGCAUCUGUUACGAAUAAAGAAAUGGAUGACUGAUGUGGUGGUCGUGUCCGGUGUUUUGCACUUGGCCUCGCAUUUACUGGUCAUUUGCGACAAUCUGCUAGACAGGCAAGGAAGGAAGCUCGGCGUGUGAAGAACAAGCUAGAGGGUUGAAGUAGGGGUGGGCAACCGAGAAACCGAAACCGAUAUUCAAAAAACCGAAAACCGAAACCGAAGAAGCCGAAACCAAAAAACCGUUUGAAAGUCAGUUUUAGAUUCUGAAUAACCGAACUUUUCUCGGUCAAUUCGGUCACUGGCCUCGGUUAACCGAGGAAACCGAAGUGACCGAUCAAUACUAAUAAAGCCCAACAAAUUCCAGCCCAGCCCAUGUAGCACAGUAGCAACCGAACUGACCGAUCAAUACUAAUCCCUCGAGAUGCUCUCUACUCCAACGCAAUCGGUUGAUUUCCCAGGGACUCAACUACACACGCGCGACGCCAACCCUAGCCGCCAUCCUCUGCCUCCAUCCUGUGCCGCCGUGCUACCUUUUCAGUCUUUCAGAUCGACUGCUCUCCACCCCGGUGGACAGCAGCGGUGGCCGGUGGGAUUCACCGCCUUCUAUCUCGCCUAGAGGCUUCAGUGGUGCAGCCUCCUGUCCCUCCUCAGCCUCGUCUUCUCCUGCGACAAGGCGGCGAGCUGCUGUGUUUUUUUGUUUUCUCGGUCUCUUCGGUUCAAAACCGAGAACCGAGCCGAAAUUUUGGGAAACCGAAAUCUCGGUCUUCUGUUUCCUACGGCGAACUUCGGUUUCCAUUUUUGAAAAACCGAAAUUUGCUAAUCACCGAACAACCGAACCGAAAUUUCGGUUAUAACCGAAUGCCCAGCCCCGUUGGAAAUGGUCUCAUCUGACGGAGGACCAAAGAUGGCGCGUAUCUCAACUUGUUUUAAUUCCAGCACUAUUUAUUAUCAUAUAAGUCAACAACUGUUUAUGAUAUCUACGCGACAACUUCAGCACAAGUUAGUACUGUGUGCUAUUUGGACGACUUGUGAUCCGUAUUAACUGUAACUCUACUGCAUUGCUGCUGCAUGAUGUGUAUCCUUGUGGACAAUUAAUUAAUGGGCAAUGGUGGUGUGCUAUGUAUCUAGCUAGCUUGUGUGUUUAAGGAAAUUGCACGCAUGGUUGGCAGGGGUUAUUGCAUGCAUGUUUUGCUCUCCAGCCCUUGGUUUAAUCGUAGCAGCUAGUGGCCACCGAACUCCAGACGUCGGAGGACUCCGGCAGCAUUAAUUAGGUUUCAUCUUUGCGAUUUCUAUUUGAGCAGACUUUUGUUGAUUGGGGUGACGUCUGUUCAAUUUGAAAGGAUUUGAUUGCAAUUGCGACUGCUUCAAACUGCUCCACCGUUUCUACAUCAAAACCGUCUAUACCAAGCAGAUGGAGAAGAGGACGACCAUUACACCAGCUUAAUCGGAGGUGUCUCGCGGUCUAACCUGCGGGAUCGAGUAAUUAAUCGGGAGCUUUACGAGGCCCCGUGAACCAAGACACCACAUUCGCCUAUGUCAUAUUGGCCAAGCUAGCAGGCCACCGAGCGCACUUCA